CAGUCCGCAGGGGCCUUCGCUGCUCGGGCGCGGGUGGCUGCCGCGCGGGUCGACAACAUGGCAGCGGCGUUUCGGAGAGGCUGCGGGGUCCUGAGAAGUGUUUGUCAUUUUGAGUGGCGUUCACAGCAUACCAAAGCCUCUCAGAAGCAUGAACCAGGAGUGGGGUUUAGUUUUGAGCUGACUGCACAGCAGAAAGAAUUUCAAGCCACUGCACGGAAGUUUGCCAGAGAGGAAAUCUUGCCGGCGGCCGCAGAGUACGACAGAACCGGGGAGUACCCGUUACCCCUAAUUAAAAGAGCCUGGGAACUUGGUUUAAUCAACACUCACAUUCCAGAGAGUUGUGGAGGUCUUGGACUUGGAACUUUUGAUGCUUGUUUAAUUACUGAAGAAUUGGCGUAUGGGUGUACGGGGGUCCAAACUGCUAUUGAAGCAAAUUCGUUGGGGCAAAUGCCGGUGAUUAUUGCUGGAAAUGAUGAACAAAAAAAGAAGUAUUUGGGGCGGAUGACAGAACAGCCAAUGAUGUGUGCCUACUGUGUCACAGAACCUUCGGCAGGCUCUGAUGUAGCUGCUAUAAAGACCAGAGCAGAGAGGAAGGGAGACGAGUACAUUAUUAAUGGUCAGAAGAUGUGGAUAACGAAUGGCGGGAAAGCUAACUGGUAUUUUUUAUUGGCACGUACUAAUCCAGAUCCUAAAACUCCUGCUAGUAAAGCCUUAACUGGAUUCAUUGUGGAAGCAGAUACUCCAGGAAUCCAUAUUGGAAAAAAGGAAUUAAAUAUGGGCCAGCGAUGUUCAGAUACAAGAGGAAUUGUCUUUGAAGAUGUCAGAGUGCCCAAGGAAAAUGUUUUAAUUAGUGAGGGUUCUGGUUUCAAAAUUGCAAUGGGAGCUUUUGACAGAACAAGACCUACAGUAGCAGCGGGGGCUGUUGGAUUAGCGCAGAGAGCCCUGGAUGAAGCUACCAAGUACGCCCUGGAAAGAAAAACGUUUGGGAAGUUGCUUGUCGAGCACCAAGGAGUAUCAUUUCUGCUUGCAGAAAUGGCAAUGAAAGUUGAACUAGCCAGACUCAGUUACCAGAGAGCAGCAUGGGAGGUUGACGCUGGCCGCAGAAAUACCUACUAUGCCUCUAUCGCAAAGGCAUUUGCUGGAGACGUUGCAAAUCAGUUAGCUACUGAUGCUGUGCAGAUUUUUGGAGGCUAUGGAUUUAACACAGAAUACCCUGUGGAGAAACUCAUGAGGGAUGCCAAGAUCUAUCAGAUUUAUGAAGGCACUGCACAAAUUCAGAGGGUCAUUAUAGCCCGUGAACACAUUGGCAAGUUUGUGAGUUGAACUAAGUAGAAGCACUGUUGACUGUUGCAUAACUGAAGCGCAGCCCACUGUCCAUGCUUCAGCGGAGAGAAAGGGCUUUACCCUCUCCCCAGUGAAAGCAAGUAACGUGAAUCUACGGAGAUUAUUCUAAUAGGAGCUUGUAAUUUUGUUGAAUUCUGCAAUUUUCUUUUUUCAAAUAUAUUUGGUUUCAUUAAAAUUAUGUGUUGUCCUUCA